GCGGCGAGCAGACGCAGGAGAGCCGCGGCGGCGGGCGGACGGGCGAGCGCUGGACGGGGCUGCUGCGGGCGGGCGCGCUCGCUCCCUCCAUGCGCGGUGCGCGGCCAGCCGCGGGGCUUGCGCAGCGCGGCGGCGGAGCGGAGCGGUGAGCGGCGGCAGCAUGCGGCCGCGGGAUGUCUGAGGCGGGCGGUGCGCUGCCCCGGCGCCGUGCCGGAGGCAUGCGGGCGGCCUGGGGCUCCGUCUGGUGCCUGUGCCUGGCGGCGGCCGUCGGAGGGAUGCCGGCAGGGCGGCGGGGCGGCGGAGCGGCGGCGGAGAGGAGCGGCGGGCAGCCGGCAGAAUACUUGAGGAGCGAGACCGCCUUUCUAGAAGAGUUGGUGUUUGGAAGUGGAGAUACCAUUGAACUUUCCUGUAACACCCAAGGCUCUUCUGUGUCUGUUUUCUGGUUUAAAGAUGGUAUCGGGAUUGCACCUACCAACAGAACUCAUAUUGGACAAAAACUGUUGAAGAUAAUCAAUGUGUCAUAUGAUGACUCGGGGCUGUACAGUUGCAAGCCAAGGCAUUCCAACGAGGUCCUGGGAAACUUUACAGUCAGAGUUACAGAUUCCCCUUCAUCGGGUGAUGAUGAAGAUGACGAUGAUGAGUCAGAAGAUACAGGUGUCCCCUUCUGGACCCGGCCAGAUAAGAUGGAGAAGAAGCUGCUGGCAGUUCCCGCCGCCAACACUGUUCGCUUUCGAUGUCCGGCGGGUGGAAACCCAACCCCUUCCAUCUACUGGCUGAAAAAUGGCAAGGAGUUCAAAGGAGAGCAUAGGAUUGGGGGCAUCAAGUUGCGACACCAGCAGUGGAGCUUGGUGAUGGAGAGUGUUGUGCCAUCAGAUCGAGGAAAUUACACAUGUGUUGUGGAGAACAAAUAUGGCAACAUUAGGCACACGUACCAGCUUGAUGUAUUAGAAAGGUCGCCCCACCGACCAAUCCUGCAAGCAGGGCUCCCUGCCAACCAGACUGUGGUGGUAGGGAGCAAUGUGGAGUUUCACUGCAAGGUCUACAGUGAUGCCCAGCCUCACAUCCAGUGGCUGAAACACGUGGAAGUCAACGGCAGCAAAUACGGCCCAGAUGGGACACCCUAUGUCACUGUGUUGAAGACGGCAGGUGUUAACACAACGGAUAAGGAGCUAGAGAUUCUGUACUUGCGAAAUGUUACUUUUGAGGAUGCUGGGGAAUAUACUUGUCUCGCAGGGAAUUCUAUUGGGUUCUCACAUCACUCUGCUUGGCUGACGGUGCUACCAGCGGAGGAGCUCAUGGAAAUGGAUGAUUCAGGCUCAGUGUACGCUGGCAUUUUCAGUUAUGGCAUUGGCUUUAUUCUCUUCAUCCUGGUGCUGGCCAUUGUGAUUAUCUGCAGGAUGAAAAUGCCAAACAAAAAAGCCAUGAACACCCCCACUGUACAGAAAGUCUCCAAAUUCCCACUCAAGAGACAGGUAACAGUGUCGUUGGAGUCCAACUCUUCCAUGAAUUCCAAUACGCCCCUGGUCCGGAUCACGCGUCUCUCCUCCAGUGAUGGGCCGAUGCUGGCCAAUGUCUCCGAGCUGGAACUGCCUCCAGAUCCCAAGUGGGAAUUGGCACGCUCUCGCCUGACCUUGGGGAAGCCGCUCGGUGAGGGAUGUUUUGGCCAAGUGGUGAUGGCGGAAGCGAUUGGGAUCGAUAAGGACAAGCCAAACAAGGCCAUCACGGUUGCUGUCAAGAUGUUAAAAGAUGAUGCCACAGACAAGGACCUUUCUGACCUGGUCUCUGAGAUGGAAAUGAUGAAAAUGAUUGGGAAGCAUAAAAACAUCAUUAACCUCCUUGGUGCCUGCACGCAGGACGGACCACUCUACGUGUUGGUGGAAUAUGCAUCAAAGGGGAACUUGCGGGAAUACCUCAGGGCACGUCGCCCACCUGGCAUGGACUAUUCCUUCGACACCUGCAAGCUGCCCGAGGAGCAGUUGACAUUUAAAGACCUGGUUUCCUGCGCCUACCAGGUGGCCCGGGGCAUGGAGUACUUGGCAUCUCAGAAAUGCAUUCAUCGUGACUUGGCAGCCAGGAACGUGUUAGUCACUGAAGACAAUGUGAUGAAAAUAGCUGAUUUUGGCCUCGCUAGAGACGUCCACAACAUUGACUAUUACAAGAAAACCACCAAUGGUCGGCUGCCUGUGAAAUGGAUGGCUCCAGAAGCUUUGUUUGACCGGGUCUAUACUCACCAGAGCGAUGUCUGGUCUUUUGGAGUGCUACUAUGGGAGAUCUUCACUUUGGGAGGGUCUCCGUACCCAGGAAUUCCCGUUGAAGAACUCUUCAAACUCUUGAAGGAAGGCCAUCGGAUGGACAAACCCGCAAACUGCACCCAUGAUUUGUAUAUGAUCAUGCGGGAGUGCUGGCACGCCGUCCCCUCGCAGCGGCCAACCUUUAAGCAGUUGGUGGAAGACCUGGACAGGGUCCUCACCGUGACGUCCACCGAUGAGUACCUGGACCUCUCGGUGCCCUUCGAGCAGUACUCACCGGCCGGCCAGGACACCCACAGCACGUGCUCCUCGGGGGACGACUCAGUCUUUGCACAUGACCUGCUGCCCGAUGAGCCCUGCCUGCCCAAGCACCCCCCCUGCAACGGCGUCAUCCGGACGUGAGGACCCCAUCCUGGGCGGACAGAUGGAUGGACGGACAGGCGGGCAGCGUGCCCAUGGAGGCAGGAAUGUGGGGUGCCGAGGAUGAAGGAUCUUCCAGUAGAACUGUGUGGUGGUGCCCGGAGAUGUGUGGUGUUGUCGAGCUGUUCAGGGUAGAAAAAGAAAUAUAAUUAACUUUUUUUUUGGUUCUUUUUUUUUUUUUCCCAUUUGCUGUAUAAAGAGUCAAGAAGCACUGUUUGGCCUGAAGGAACUAAUCUCUUGCCAAGAUGAUCUAUCAUAUCUGAGAUUUUUUUUGGGGGGGGGUUGUUUUUCAUUUUUGGGUGGUUUUUUUUUUACUAAGGAGAAUGUUGAACCUGGGGGGCGCUGACCUCCCAGCCUCCAUGCUUGCGUUUCGAGUACCAGAGUAGCCGUUCUGUGCCUGCAAUACGAAGAAGAGGAAAGAAAAUCUUCCUUCUUUUUUUUUUUUUUCCUAAGAAAGAAAAAACGCAAACGAAAAAAGAAAAAAAAAGUGUAAAGAAUGUAGAAAUUCUUCGCUUAUGCAAUCUGUACAUGAACCUUUUUGGUGGAGCUGAAAAGCCACGUUGCCUGCAGGGAUUCAUAUAUUUAUAAAAAUAUCUAUAUUUUUGUUGUCGUCGUUUUUAUAGCUUCAUGAUCGUACUGCCCAGCUACAUAGAAGGAAUCCUUUUUGGAAGAAGAAGAAGAAAAAAUGAUAAUUAAGUAAAAUGCAAAUCAUCAUGGAGAAAGGAAAAAAAGAAUAUAAAAAGAGGUGGUCAAGUCAUCUGAAUGGCAGCGCUUUGGCCAUGCCACUGGCCCUUGCACUGGGCUGGGAGCGAUAGGGCCAUGCCGAGGUUGGAGCAGACCCCAGGGAUGGGCAUCUCAAGCCACAUCUUGACCUUUGAGAACAACCAUUUUUGGGGGGGGGGGGUGAAUCUUGCUUUUGGGGGUUUGUGCAUCUUUGCUUGCCAAGAGUGAGUGGGCACUUCUCCAUCCACCCCUCGACGCCAGUGGUUUGGCUCCAUCUACGUGCAGUGACUCGGAGAAAGAAGUUACGGGUACCUGUAGGCAAGAGCCUUUAACUUAUAUCAAAAAGGUUUAUUCCAGAGAAUCUGUGUAUAUAUCUAUAAAUAUAUCCUGUAUAUAUAUAAAUAAAUAUAUUAAAAAAAAUAAAGAAUGUAUAAUACUAAUGCAACAUAAAGCAGUACUGAGAGAAAGUCUCAAAAUAGGAGCAUUGCAAUCUAGGAUAUACUGAUCUGGGCAAAAAGAAAAGAUUUUUUGUUUGUUUUAUAUCUUCACAGUUUUGUUUUAAAAAUUGUACCUUAACAUGUAUAUUUGUAAAGUUAUUUAUAGACAUUAACAUUAUCUGUUCAUGGGUUUAAAUAGCGUAGCAUUACUGUAAACUUCAAAGUUCACCGAGCUUAAGGGUGGGGUGUUUUUUUAACUUAUUAAAAAAUGGAGAAAAAAUAUAUUAAUCAAGUUUUUCUUUUUUGUGUUUAUGGGAAAUAUUGAAAGAGUGUAUAGGUGUACAGUCCUUUAACAAAUUACAUUUAAUGUUAUAAAUAUAUAUAUAUAUGUAUUCAUUAAAAAACAAAAUAUUAGUUUAUCCUGGAUUGCAGUGAGCAAAGGUAAGUUUAUUUUUCAAUACAUCACCAGUGGUUAAACCAAACAAAUAGCAGCAGAGAGAUGAUUUUUUUACCUAUUUCAGAAAAACAGGGCCAAGAAUUCUUCCAUCAGUUUAACCACUGUGCAUUAAGGGGGCGGGGGGUGUUUAUUUUUCUAUUUUCAAAUGAAGGUAUUCUUUGUGGUCGAUUUAAUAACUGGUGUGCAGCAAAACACAGUGUUGACUUUGGAUGGUGCGGGGUAACUUUUUUUCCCCCCUUUUGCCAGUACUGUUGUAUUUUGGGCUUCAGAAAUGCCGUGUGAGCAAAAUGGCAAGAAGAGCGACAGUGUUUGCAGGAGAGGUGCAGUGACUGUGUGCUUCUUUUGUAUCUAACGCACUGGAAAAUGCCAGUGAUGCCCCAUUUUCUGUGUUUAAAAUGCUGUGCUGUUUUUGUUCCUCAACGCCAGAUAGCUGUUUAAAAGCACAGAUGUGAACUAGGGAAUUUUAGUAUGGAUCAAGCUGACAAGGAGGAAGAUUUGGGCUGGGGUUAUUUUUGUGAGUGGGCUUUUUUUGCCCAGAAGACUUCACUACCACGAAGAGGCAAGGAAAAUUGCAUCCUGAAUUCAUCCUUUCCAUUUUUCUCUGGUGCAUAUUACAUAUCAAUGUUUCAGAAUAACAGGAUGACAGCAUCUCAUUUUAAGAUAUUUUUUUCUCCUUAGAGCCACAAAAUCCUUAUCCUAAAAGAAAUAAUUUAUAGUUUUGAGGUUACUUCAAUGGAAGUUUGAGAAGGUAGAUUUCUAUAGAGUUUUGUUUUGUUCUGUUGGAAUAAAAAAAAGAAUUUUUUGGUAUUUUCUUACAAAUGUCUGCUAAUUGUGUACAUUCCAAGUACUGGAAGCGUUGAGUUUUCCUGUACUGAGAAAAGAAAAUGUACAAAACUGUGCAUGAUUUCAAAUGUUACUAGAUAUUAUAAAUAUAUAUAUAAUUUAUUGAGUUUUUACAAGAUGUAUCUGUUGUAGACUUGUUGACUUUAACAUUUCUUAUUCAAUGCUUAUAUAGUUUUAUAGCCUGGACUAUUAUCUUUAAAAGCUUAAAAAAAAAUUAAAAUUUCCAAUUUUGUUACAUUUUAUACUGUUGGUGUUCCAAUCCACAGGUUUGCAUAGCGUGAUCUUUUCGAUGAGCAACUCUUGUUCAGUUUAUUUUAAUACUGUAUUUCUGUGCCUGACAGCUGCAGCUGUCCAAGGUGUGAGAUGAACACUAAAUAAAACUAUUCUGCUUUUGUUAACAUGGCAAACUUACUUUACAAAGAAACAAAAGAAAUAAACAAGUUGUUAAAUUUG